CCUUCUUCCUCUCUCACCGUCUGCAACUUUAUCGGCUAAGUUUCACUCCUCCUCGCUAUGCUUGCUGAUAACCCGACGAGCCAUUUCUCUUCCGCUUCUUCUUCUUUGGGAGCUUUUGCGGCGAAUUCUGGCAGCUGCCACGCAUGAGAGUUGAAGCAGAGAAGCAGUUCGAUUUCAAUCGCCAUGGUCGCACUUACAGAUAUGGUUACCGCCUCCAGCUCGUCGCAGCUUGUCCACCAGCCUUUCAGGAGCCGUAAUUCGACGCAGUUCUCGCAUCCGGUGCUUUGCUUCUCCUUCCACGCGAGCUCGCACUCGCUCCCGCGCCUCAGUGCGGUGAGGACCGGGUCGGACGGCGGUAGGGUCGGGAGCCGGGAAGCGUACGGCUCCGAGCUGAUCAGGAGGCCGAUUGUGAAGGAAUUGGGUGGCACUUCGGAUGAGGUUGAGGAGAUUGAAGCGAAGAGGAACUUGAGCGAGGGAGAGGAAGAAGAGGAAGAAGAAGAAGAAGAGGAAGAGGAAGAAAAGGAAGAAGAAGGGGUUGAUUGGGAGGAGAAGAUAUUGGAGGAGACUGUGCCCCUGGUGGGGUUUGUUAGGAUGAUUCUGCACUCCGGGAGGUAUGAAAGUGGAGAACGAUUAAGACCAGAACACGAGAGGACCGUUCUUGAGAAAUUACUUCCGUAUCAUCCCGAGUCUGAAAAGAAGAUUGGGUCUGGCAUUGACUAUAUCACGGUUGGGUACCAUCCCGAUUUUGAAAGUUCGAGGUGCUUGUUCAUUGUUCGUACUGAUGGGCAGUUAGUUGACUUCUCUUACUGGAAGUGCAUAAAGGGGCUCAUCAGGAAGAAGUAUCCUUUGUAUGCCGACAGCUUUAUACUUAGGCAUUUUCGGAGGCGGAAUCGCAACAAUGGAAGAUAGUAGCUCUCUGCACUUUGCUACAGUCAACACUUCUUGCCUCAAUUGUAAGCUAAGAGAUUCUUCAGGGUUUAUUUUCUUUCUCUUGUACCUAUACUUGCUGUGGAGGUGACUGGUCGGAAACAGAGACUAAGCAUACAAGUUGCUGUAUCGGUUGAUGAAAUCUUAACUGUUUCUCGGUCCGGUUCAUGUC